AUCAAAUGGGUUGCCGAAACAUUCACUGGUUAUCAAAAAUAAUACUGCCAUGUAUUAAGCUAUAAUUUAAUUAUGCGUUACCAGCGUGGUUAGAGUUGAUCUGAUACAAAAUAACCUUAUUGUGUCGUUGGUGAACCUUUCGAACAGUGAACACGUGGUCAUUUGCAUAGGAUCAGCUUUGCAGAAGGUCUUGAAUGUGUGCAGCAUGACCAAGACGCCCCCCAACAGAAGAGGGAUAACCUUUGAGGUGGGAUCACCACUUGAGGCUCGAGACAGUCUGAAGAACUGGUAUGCGGCCAGCAUUGAGAAGAUCGACUACGAUGACGAGAAAGUGCUGAUCCACUACCGGCAGUGGAGCCACCGGUACGACGAGUGGUUUGACUGGAGCAGUCCGUACCUGCGUCCGGUUGAGAGGAUUCAGCUGAGGAGGGAGGGGUUGCAGGAGAACUCCCCUGUCCCGGUAAAAACAAGCAAGUAUGAUGGACAGUUCUCCCACUCCCUGAGCUGUCAGCUAAGCAAGGGGUUUCAUGUCAACGAUAAGGUCCUGGCUAGUUGGUCGGAUUGCCGUUUCUAUCCUGCUAAAGUCUUGGCGGUCAACAAAGACGCCUCGUACACUGUAAAGUUUUUUGAUGGCGUCAUCCAGACAGUCAAGGGAAUUCAUGUAAAACCCUUUUACAAGGAGAGAGGAGGUAGAAACAAGCCCCAAGACAGGAACAGGGAGAAACAUCCAGUAACAAGAGAGCAGAAUGGUAAAGACAGGAAGCCUCUGGAGAAUGGGCGUGGCAUACAGGAGAAUGGCAGGAGCCAGAGGGACAAGAAUGGAACAUCUUGCCAGGACACCGAGAGCGACACUGAGGAAGAGGAGGAUAACGAGCAGAAGGAAGAUGGCAGCAAGCUGAAAGUCGCUAAGAAUACCUCUACAGAGGACGUGCAAGUUGAGCACAGAAAGGGAGUGACCGAAGAGGAGGAGCAGAGGAAGAUGGAGAGAACUAAGAAUCAAGAGACUGAAAGAGAGGACACUAAGCCAGACAAAGAUUUAAUCGCAGAGGAAAGCAAGGUGAAAGAGGAGGUGGGAGGCGAAUCGGGUAGGAGGAGGUCGAGGGAACGAUCCGGGACAAUGGAGACGAGCUCCAAGGCAGAACCAGAGGAGAUGAAUGGAGUGAAGGUGGAGGAGAGUGAACCGGCUGGAGGAGAGAGCCAGUCGGGGGGAGAGCAGCAGAGCUCCAGCAAGCUGUUGGGGGUAGACAUGAAAGAGGAGGGAGGCUCCGAGCCCGCAGCCAGGCCUGGUACAGAGGAAGGAGGGGAGUCCUCGAAAGAGGGCCCCUCCCAGACCAGGAGGACACGGGGCCGACUCACAGAAGGAGGACGGGGGGAAAAGCUGCGUGAUGUCAUUGAACUGAGAAAGCGAAAAAUCUGCCUGGGACAGACCACGCCCACUAAGAAGAGCAAGCCGGACACUAGCACAGACCGGAACAGUUCUGCUGAAUCUAGGCCUACAGCUAUUCCCUCCAAUCAGAAGCAAUCCGAACCAGACUCCACCCCGACACCCUCGGUCGUGGCCUCCAAUGAUAAAGAAGCUCAGGGGGCAACAGUCCUAACAGAAAACCCCAAACCAGUGGUGGAUGAAUCUCAGCUUUCGCCUGCAUUACAAGCUGUGCUGAGACGCCAGGUCCAUCUGCCAACCACCAACAAAUACAGCAGGGAGCCCUUAUACAGAGUCAUUAAAAACCAACCUCCACCAAUUCUGUCCAUCGAACUUGACCACAACCCCUUCAAGUGCAAAGCGCCUGGCUGCCUGAAGUCCUUCCGCAAGGCCAAGCUCCUGCACUACCACAUGAAGUACUACCACGAGGACAAGGCCAGCGAGAGUGACCUGAGCCCCACCCGGAGCAUCCAGACACGGGCGUCAGAGAAACAGGCUGCCCACGAGUGCCCCAAGAGGAGGCGCACCAUUUCAGCCUCCAUGCACUCUUCUCUGCACAGUGCGCACAGAGCUCUCAAUUCCCCCCGAGGAGACGGCAAGGCCACGCGGCUGAACGAGAAGAGGCGCACGUCGGCGCCCCCUGCCGUCAACGCCGCGGAGCAGCAGCGCCCCCUGCUGCGCGAGAAGAGCAAGGAGAACCAGCUGGAGAGGAGCCGCCGGCCACUGGAGAAAGAGCGGGACCGGGACCGCAGCAUGGCCGAGACAGCAGUGGCGAAAGAGAGGGAGAAGCUGAAGGAAAAGAAGCACAGGGACUUUCUCCGCAUCAAACUGAAGAAGAAGAAGAAGAAGAAAAAGAAGUCCAAGUCAGAGUAUACGGGUAGUGAAGAGAAUAUUGACAUCUCAGUGUUCAAUGUUCAAACCAAAUUGAAUUUGUUACACAAAUUCCCCCUUUCACACAAACACAAGUCAUACAACUCCAGCCCUGGAUACAACACAGAACAGAUACAAGUGGACGACGAGGACAGCGUAAGCGACUGGUCCACAGACAGUCCGGUGUGGAGCGAGGACGAGCUGGGUGUGGAGCUGGACGUCACCACGCCCCCCCAGGAGCAGGGCGUGUCCAUGGCCACGCAGGGCUUUGAGAUCGUACGCUGUGUCUGCGAGGUGCAGGAGGAGAACGACUUUAUGAUUCAGUGUGAGGAGUGUCUAUGCUGGCAACAUGGCACCUGCAUGGGGCUCUUAGAGGAAAAUGUUCCAGAGAGGUACACCUGCUACAUCUGCAGAGACCCACCAGGUCAGAGGCGGAGCCUGCGGUACUGGUACGAUCGGGAUUGGCUCAGCAGUGGGCACAUGUACGGCCUGCCCUUCCUGGAGGAAAACUACUCUCACCAGAACGCCAAGAAGAUCGCAGCCACCCACCAGCUGCUGGGAGACGUGCACCGCGUGAUCGAGGUCCUGAAUGGCCUGCAGCUCAAGAUGAGCAUUCUGCAGACGCAGGCACACCCGGACCUGAAGCUGUGGUGCCAGCCGUGGAAGCAGGCGGAGAAGCCGAGGAAGCGGGGCGGGGCCGACACGGGGGCCAUGCCGUCCCCGGCGACAGACGAGGGGGAGGAGCGGGAGAGGGAGAGGGGCGGCGGCUGUGGAGUGGGGGAGGCGGCAGAGAAGCAGCCGAGCCGCGUGCCCUCCUUCCAGGACUCCUACAUCAGCAGCGAGCACUGCUACCAGAAGCCCCGCACGUACUACCCGGCCGUGGAGCAGCGGCUGGUGGUGGAGACGCGCGGCUCAGAGCUGGAGGACAGCCUGCGCAGCACCGAGGACCUUCUGGAGCUGGAGCAGCGCUACGGGGGUCCGCUGGACCCCGACCGCGGAAAGAUACACCUGCAGCUGGACCGGCCCCUGCACAACAAGGAGGCAGACUGCUAUAAGAAGCUGAGCGUGGAGCACAGCUAUGAGAUAAAGAGCGAGGACAGUGAUCUGGGAGACAAGACCAGCACGGACAGCAGCCUGCAGCAGCAGUGGCAGAUCAACCUGCUGGACCACAUAGAGGCCAUGCAGGACGAGGUCACGCACAGGAUGGACUUCAUCGAGAGGGAGCUGGACGUGCUGGAGAGCUGGCUGGACUACACCGGAGAGCUGGAGCCCCCGGAGCCCCUGGCCCGCCUGCCCCAGCUCAAGCACCGCAUCAAACAGCUGCUGACGGAGCUGGGCAAGGUGCAGCAGAUCGCCCUGUGCUGCUCCACAUGAGGGCGCCACUGAGCCCCUCCAACACCCCAGACACUCGAUUAAAAUCCAACCAGACAGUAUAACUCGCACAAAGGCAGACAACCACACUUCAGGGCUAUGGGAAGAAGGCUCACAGGGACUUAUCCGAGAUGGCCCAGAUGAUUAAUGGGAAAUUUAGGCUGGCUGGGGCUUCCCAAGAGAAGGCUUUCACCGGAAGACCAGCUGCUCUUUCAGAACUGCAGUCACCUACCAGCUGAAGGAUGUACUGUCAACCAAAAUAAGAAAUACAGUUGUUUCAGCACUUACAUUUCUGAUAUUAAGCCCUCUUUUUAAUAAUGUAAAUUUAGUUAUUUUUGUUACUGUCAUAAUCAGUGAAAUGGGUUAAAGCAUGUCUUUUCUGUCUGAAUAACCAGUCUUACUGUAUAAGAAAAUAUUCUUAAACGCUUGCUUGUCUCAGCAGUGGCUCUAAAAACAACAAAAAAGGUUAACAAAAUGAAAAUGGUCUUGUUACCAUGACAAUGUGUGAUCUGUGUCACACCAUGUAGAAAACGAAAGGAUUGUAACUAAGAAUUUGUAACAGCUUACAAUUGCUGAAAUUUUCAUAUGGGUUUGUAUUCGAUAAAUGCUUUGAAAUGCUUAAUAAUGGUUUUAUCCAAAGGCUUGAAAUGACUAGCAGAACAUUAAUUUCAUUUGAACAUGUGGGAAUUCUUUGAAUUUAUGAAGGGAGUCAGAUGUUCUGAAAAAAUAUUUUAAACAUAUACUGUAUUCAUACUGAAACUUAUGUAACCUAUAAAGCCAUGUUUCUUCCCUCCAUUUUUCUUAUGACAAUGACCUUUUCCCAUUUUCACUGCUUUUUUUCUGUUUCAGUAUAUUAAGACUUUCAGUUAUGAUGGAAAGUAUGUGUGCGCAACUGAGUGACUGGUUUGUACCAUGGCAUGUUGAAAAUGCAUCAGCCAUAUGAAAUGAAAUUGUACAGUUUGUAGAUUGCCUUUGGUAAGAUUUAUUUUUACUGUAAAUUUUUUUUUAAAUCAUUUAGUGUAAUUUGUAUGUUUGUUUUUUCUGUCUUAAUACAUGUUAUCUAACAGCGUUGUUUACUUUGUUUUGUUCCUGGGUGAUUUCUGUACUCUUAUUUAUUAUGAAAGAAAAGGUAAUUUAUUUCACUUUUUCGUCCGACCUAGUUAUACCAUAUUGUGUGUUUGUGUGUUUGUGUGUUUGUGUGUUUGUGUGUUUGUGUGUGUGUGUGUGUGUGUGUGUGUGUGUGUGUGUGUGUGUGUGUGUGUGUGUGUGUAUUCCUAUGCAGAGGAGCAAAGUAGUUAAGAGGGUUUUUCUGUUGAGAUGCAUGGAGAUUGUUUGCAGUGGGGCCAGAUGGCCAUUUGGCAUGCAAUCCAAGAAGGCCCUGCUCCUUUCAGUAGAUUCAUUCCUGAACUUUCUGCUACCUUCAGCCCAGGCCAAAGGCAGUUAUGUCAUUUCAUACUCUUGUUGCCUGUUUUUCAGUGGUCUCCGCCUCACAAUUAUUAUUUUUUUAUUCUUCCUUUGUAUUUAAAUUUUGUUGGUCUGUCCUGUCAUAUUUCAGCUUUGAAUUGGCUCAACACUCAGUAUAUACAAGGGAAAAGAGGGUCCAUCUUGGUUUUCUUAGGCCUUCUCUUUGGCUAGUGACUACUGACUGUGGAAUUUUUAAUAAACCUUUAAAUCUGAAUUCUGUAGCAUCUCUGACCACAUGUUUUCCAGGUUUAUUUACCUUUAAAAGGUAUUUGUCUCAACCUCUUAUCCCUUGUGAAAAUUAGUCUUAUUUUUAUUAUUCUAAAAGUGUGUGAAGCUCCAUUGAAAGCAGUGUCGUGCAGCUAGCUAUCUGUAUAGCUGGAGUCCUUCACCAGCAAUAGUGGUAUUUUGUCAAGAUAGAAUAGAAUCAUAGACUGAAGAAAAUAAACACAUUUUCACAAUGUG